CGGCCCCGGAAGGUUUCUGUAGUGGGUUUGUUGCGAACGCUUGUCGUUUCAACAUCAUUCAAUCUUCAUGAAGGAGCCAGCCCGCUCAGCCGCAGCGGACAGAACGGAGCUCGACAUUUCAUUUCUUUAAAUCUUCAGGAGGCCACGAUGUCCCUUCGUGUCCGCCGCUGAAGGAAUGUGAGGAGAAACAUUAAUGUUUUGGCGGAAAGGCGAGCUGGCUAACUUAGCAUUAGCCAGUUAGCACUAGCUAGCUGCUAACAGCGUAAGGAUGCUACGGUGGAUCCGGCAACAGCUGGGCUUUGACCCUCCUCAUCAAAGCGACACCAGAACAGUUUACAUCGCAAACCGCUUCCCUCAGCACGGGCAUUAUAUCCCCCAGAGGUUUGCAGACAACAGAAUCAUCUCCUCAAAGUACACAGUAUGGAACUUCAUCCCCAAGAAUCUGUUCGAACAGUUCAGAAGAAUAGCCAACUUUUACUUCCUCAUCAUCUUCCUCGUCCAGUUAAUGAUAGACACUCCCACUUCCCCUGUGACCAGCGGACUUCCUCUAUUUUUUGUAAUUACAGUAACUGCUAUCAAACAGGGAUUUGAGGACUGGCUGAGACACAAAGCAGAUAACGAAGUGAAUGGAGCUCCUGUGUUUGUGGUGCGGAGCGGCGGUUUGGUUCAGACGCGCUCCAAAAACAUACGAGUGGGAGACAUAGUGCGAGUAGCCAAAGAUGAGACGUUCCCCGCAGAUCUGGUGCUGCUGUCGUCUGACCGGGCCGAGGGAACCUGCCACAUCACCACGGCCAGUUUGGACGGGGAGACUAACCUGAAGACUCACUAUGCAGUCCCAGAGACGGCUGUGUCCCAAUCCGUGUCCCAGCUGGAGGCUCUACAGGCCGUGGUGGAGUGCCAGCAGCCAGAAGCAGAUUUGUACAGGUUCGUUGGGAGAAUAACAGUCACACAGCAAGGGGAGGAGAUUGUGAGACCUCUAGGACCAGAAAACCUUCUGCUUCGAGGAGCAAGAUUGAAAAACACCAAAGAAAUAUUUGGUGUGGCCGUGUACACAGGCAUGGAAUCAAAGAUGGCUCUAAACUACAAGUGCAAGUCCCAGAAGCGUUCAGCUGUGGAGAAGUCCAUGAAUACGUUUCUCAUCAUCUACUUGGGGAUCCUGCUUUUCGAGGCCAUCCUCAGCACCAUAUUAAAGUAUGCCUGGCAGGCGGAGAACAAGUGGGACGAGCCUUUCUACAAUGAGAAAACUGAGCAGGAACGCAACAGCAGCAAGAUUCUGAAGUUCAUCUCGGAUUUCUUGGCCUUCCUGGUUCUGUAUAACUUCAUCAUCCCCAUUUCCCUCUACGUUACUGUGGAGAUGCAGAAGUUCCUGGGCUCAUUCUUCAUCGGUUUGGACCUGGACUUGUACCAUGAGGAGAGUGACCAAAGAGCCCAGGUCAACACCUCGGACCUCAAUGAGGAGCUGGGUCAGGUGGAGUACGUUUUUACUGACAAAACAGGCACUUUGACUGAGAACGAGAUGCAGUUCCGGGAAUGCUCCAUCAACGGCAUCAAAUAUCAGGAGAUCAACGGCAAGCUCGUCCCCGAGGGAAUGACAGACGACACACCAGACGCUGCUGUUCCUCGGCUGAGCAGGGAAGAGGAGCUGUUCCUGAAAGCCGUGUCUCUGUGCCACACGGUGCAGAUCAGCUACGACCAGACAGACGGCCCGGGGGAGCCCUUCUCCCACGCCAAUGGAUUCACCACUCAGAUGGAGUAUUACGCCUCCUCUCCUGACGAGAAGGCCCUGGUGGAAGCCACCAAGAGGAUGGGAGUGACAUUCAUAGGAAGCAACGGUGAAAACAUGGAGAUCAAAACCUUUGGGAAAUCAGAAAAAUAUAAACUCCUUCAUGUGCUGGAGUUUGAUCCGAAUCGAAGGCGAAUGAGUGUAAUACUGCAGGCUCCGUCAGGGGAGAGGAUAUUAUUCACUAAAGGAGCUGAGUCUGCAAUUCUUCCCUACACAAAGAGUGGAGAAAUAGAGAAGACGAGGGUGCAUGUGGACGAGUUUGCUUUGAAAGGUCUGCGGACGCUGGUGGUGGCCUACAGGCUCUUCAGCGCAGAGGAGUAUAAGGAGGUGGAGCGGCGGAUCCACGAGGCUCGCACGGCCCUGCAGCAGAGAGAGGAGCGGCUGGCCGAGACUUUCAGCUUCAUCGAGAAAGACCUGGAGCUGCUGGGAGCCACCGGCGUGGAAGACAAGCUGCAGGAGAAGGUGCAGGAGACGAUCGAGGCUCUGCGGCUGGCUGGGAUUAAGGUGUGGGUGCUGACGGGCGAUAAACAUGAAACAGCGGUCAGUGUGAGUUUAUCCUGUGGUCAUUUUCACCGAACCAUGAACAUCCUGGAGCUCGUACAGCAGAAAUCUGACCACGAGUGUGCAGAGCAGCUCCGGAGACUCGCACGCAGGAUCAUAGAGGACCAUGUGAUUCAGCAUGGCUUGGUGGUGGAUGGCGCAAGCUUGUCUCUGGCUCUGCGGGAGCACGAGAAGCUCUUCAUGGAAGUGUGUAAGAACUGCUCGGCCGUGCUCUGCUGCAGGAUGGCACCCUUACAGAAAGCAAAGGUGGUGCGUUUGCUGAAGACUUCUCCAGAAAAACCCAUUACAUUAGCCAUCGGGGACGGAGCCAAUGAUGUCAGUAUGAUCCAGGAGGCCCAUGUGGGUAUAGGUAUCAUGGGAAAAGAAGGAAGACAAGCUGUGCGAAACAGUGACUAUGCAAUCGCAAGGUUCAAGUUCCUUGCCAAAUUACUGCUCGUCCACGGCCACUUCUACUACAUCCGAAUAGCAACACUCGUCCAGUACUUUUUCUACAAGAAUGUGUGCUUUAUCACACCCCAGUUUUUAUACCAGUUCUUCUGUCUGUUUUCACAGCAAACCCUCUAUGACAGCGUGUAUCUGACGCUGUACAACAUCUGCUUCACCUCCCUCCCCAUCCUGGUGUACAGUCUCUUCGAGCAGCUGGUCCAUCCGCAUGUGCUGCAGAGCAAACCAGCACUUUACAGAGAUAUCAGUAAGAACUCAAUGCUCUCCUUCAAAACCUUUUUGUAUUGGACGAUCCUGGGCUUCUGCCACGCCUUCAUAUUCUUCUUCGGCUCCUACAUGCUGAUGGGAGAGGACACCUCGCUGAUGGGAAACGGACAGAUGUUUGGAAACUGGACUUUUGGCACUUUAGUAUUCACCGUGAUGGUCAUUACAGUAACCCUAAAGCUGGCCCUGGAGACGCACUUCUGGACCUGGAUAAACCACUUUGUCACGUGGGGCUCCAUCGCCUUCUACUUCAUCUUCUCCUUGUUUUACGGCGGCAUCAUCUGGCCGUUCCUGCACACGCAGGACAUGUACUUCGUCUUCGUCCAGCUGCUGUCCAGCAGCUCGGCCUGGUUCGCCAUCAUCAUCAUCGUCAUCACCUGCCUGUUCCCCGAUGUCAUUAAGAAAGUGUUCUAUAGGCACUUGCAGCCCACCAGCACGCAGAAGUCUCAGUUUAUUGAGGCCUAUGCGGGGGUCAGCUGUAUGGACUCCGUGUGCUGUUUCCCGGAGGGCCGUGGUGGCUGUUCCAGGCUGGCCGCGCUGCUGGAGCAACUGAUAGGCCGCUGCGACCCCCGCGCCGCCAGAUCGUGGAGCGACUCGGACCCUUUCUACUCCAACGACCGCAGCAUCCUGACGCUUUCACCUGUGGAAGCCACUCACUGCUAGCUCAGCUUCACCCCUCCGUUCCCAAAGAGGAGCCUCUCUCUAACUGGAGCUAACCCGAUCUGCCCUGCCCUCACGGCCAGACUGACCCACCCCAGGGGCAGGCGGUCACACUUUGAGACCAGGAGGUCAGCGGUUUCACCCUCCCGAAGGCUUUAAUCCGACUUUUAUGCACCUGAAACUCUUCUGCUUUUGCACCAUGGACCCUUUCAUCUUUCCUGAGGAAACCAGCGGUCCGUCUGAAGCCAUAUUUACCCUCUUAUUACCUGAUUUUUCAAGGUACGAAAGGCCAGAGCAGUGUAGCGUUAGCUGACUUUGAAGAAAGUGUCCUCGGAGACGCCUACCCGUCUCGCACUCAGCCAUGAAGUAAGGACGUCCCUCUAGCGCCUCCCGAAGGAGAAACUGACAUCAGCUUCGGCUUCACUGACUAACCUUCGCCUGCCUGUAGCUCUCGUUCCUCUCGCACACUGAAAGCUUUAACUCGUCUCAUAUUCAUCGUCAUCUCUGAACUAACGUGUCAUUGCUGUUCUUUUGUUCCAUUUGUUUGUUGUUACUAACCAUUUGUUGACUUUUUAUUGUUGUGUGUGUUUUUGUUUGUUUGCUCAUCUCCCCGAGCGAGGCUGUAGCCUGCAUGCGGUCCUGCAGCUCUCCUCAGCUUUUUAGAGGCCUUUUUUUGGGUUCCUUUGACUGAAAGUCCUCCCCCAGCUGCACGGGGGCCGGAUGAGCGUCACUGAGACAACCGUUUUAAACUUGCUUCACUCUGCUCAGAUGCAUGCUCCAUUUGCAGUAGAAAUAACCGGUAACCCUCUACAUGUGGCUACAGUGAGCUGGACCUGUGAAGACCCUCUUCUGGAGGGUUUUAUGAUGUAUCGCACUUUCUUACAGUGAGAUUGCUGAUCUGAGAUAUUCAGUAUAUUCUCACUGUCAUAUCAAAGCCAGGAACUCAUUUUUGUUUUCUGUUUAAAAGUGUCAGCUGUCCUCCGAAUUUUCAAAAUUCCCCCAUAACUGAGUGUCUGAGGUGUAAUCAGAGUGAUUCAGAGUGGUUUGGU